AUUAUCUCCGUUAACCUCGUGCUUGAUUGUUAUCAUAUCAUCACCAUUCUACGGAGAGUUACCUUGAUAAGCUCUCUGGUAAGGACACAUACUCUGUGCUUGGAUUGGUUUACCUCGACGACCUUCUUCUUCCACGGUACCCGGUCAUCGAAUCAUUAUUGUCCUAGGUAUGUAUGAAUGAUAGGCCUCCCCCUUGCACAACCAUUUCCGUCGGUUUCAUUCAUAAUUGAACACUUUAUUCUUGCUCAUAUCCAAUCGCGUUACACUGGUGCCCUUUACGAUUCCAAACUGACAAAUCAUUUUGCCCUUGUACUUGUCUUUUUCUUUUUCUUAAGCUUUUCUUUUUUCCCACUCGCUCCAAAUAAAUCUCUUGUUUAUCCAUAUCAACCAGCAAUAUUGCGUCGCAUUUUAGUUUCCAGCGAAUUAUACUCCCUUGCCAACCUGUACUCCUACUAUUAUUCUUCUUUUGUUGUCUGCCACUCGGGUCAUUAUCACGGCGCGCAGCGACAAAACCCACCCGCUGUGGCUUGUCCUCGUUUACGGAUCAACCCGGGCCGGACUGACAUCAGCGGUAGCCUCGAAGUAGUGCUGGGACCGCCUUUGUGCUGUUCGUCUUCUCGUUGGCAGAGCUCGCGUUCCCCUUCCUCUCAAUCCCCGCGAAUCAUCCCAGAUCAUCCCAGGCCCUCUCCCGUGACAGCAACAAAGCGGGAUCAAAUCAUCGCGCUGUUUCUGCGCCCUUGAUUGCUUCGAAUUGGAAGCUUGCUGUCAACAGCCAUUCGUCACCCCUAACCCAGGUAAUUAGAUAUAUCAAACUUUGUGUCAAACGUGUUGUU